UGACUUGUUAUCUUCUAAUUAUGUGGAGAUUCACUAUGAAGAUGGAAAACCAAAAUUUUCUAAGGGUGGAGAGCAUUGUUACUACCACGGAAAUAUCAGAGGUAUCAAGGAUUCCAAAGUUGCUCUUUCAACUUGUAAUGGACUUCAUGGCAUGUUUGAAGAUAGUACUUACUUGUACUUGAUAGAACCAGUGGAUCUGACCCACAGUGCAGAAAGCAAAAGUAGGCCACAUAUCAUCCAAAGAACUUAUGGAACACAAGCCUCCAAGCAGUUGCAGGACCUUGAGACUGAAUCUAGUUCUGAGUGGCCCUUUCUGUCUGAACUACAGUGGCUGAGGAGAAGGAGAAGAAAGAGAGCAAUAUCUCGUGGUGUCUUUGAAGAAAUGAAGUAUCUGGAGCUCAUGAUAGUCAAUGACCAUAAAAUGUUCAAAAAGCACCGUUCUUCAAAUGCAUACACAAACAAUUUUGCAAAGUCUGUGGUAAACCUUGUGGAUGCUAUCUACAAGGAGCAGCUGAACACCAGGGUGGUGCUGGUUGCUGUGGAGACCUGGACGGACAGAGACCGAAUCAACAUCCAGCCUGACCCCCUGCAGAUGCUCCACGACUUCUCCAAGUACCGGCAGCAGCACAUCAAGCAGCACGCUGACGCUGUGCACCUGCUCUCGAAUAUGACAUUUCAUUACAAAAGGAGCAGCUUAAGUUACUUUGGAGGAGUUUGCUCUGUGACCAAAGGAGUAGGAGUGAAUGAGUAUGGCCUCCCUUUGGCCAUGGCACAGGAACUGGCCCAAAGUCUUGCUCAGAACCUUGGAAUACAAUGGGAGCCAGCUGCCAGGAAACAGAAGUGUGACUGCACUGAAUCCUGGGGUGGCUGCAUCAUGGAGGAAACAGGGGUAUACCAUUCCAGGAAAUUCUCCAAAUGCAGCAUUGCAGAAUACAAGGAGUUUUUGCUUCGUGGGGGAGGUGCCUGUCUUUUCAACAGGCCAAUGAAGCUCUUUGAAACCACUGAGUGUGGAAAUGGAUACGUGGAAGCAGGAGAGGAAUGUGACUGCGGUUUCCGAAUGGAGUGCUAUGCAGACUGCUGUAAGAAGUGCUCUCUUUCCAACGGCGCUCACUGUAGCGAUGGACCCUGCUGCAACACAUCCUGCCUUUUUUUCCCACGAGGCUAUGACUGUCGAUACGCAGUGAAUGAAUGUGAUAUUGCAGAGUUCUGCACUGGAGAUUCUGGCCAGUGUCCACCAAACCUUCAUAAACAAGAUGGGUAUGCCUGUGAUUCUAAUCAGGGUCGCUGCUAUAAUGGUGAAUGCAAGACAAGAGAUAGUCAGUGCAAAUACAUCUGGGGAUCUAAGUCUUCAGGAUCUGACAAAUUUUGUUAUGAAAAGCUUAAUACAGAAGGCACAAAAAAAGGAAACUGUGGAAAGGAUGGAGACCGAUGGAUUCAAUGCAGCAAACA